AUGACUGAGAAAUUAACCAACGCUACCAUCAUAACAGAAUUUUUGCUCAUGGGAUUCACUGAUAAUCAGGUGCUACAAGGACUCUAUGUUCCAUUCUUCUUCCUGAUUUACCUGACAGCACUGAUGGGGAAUCUCCUCAUUAUAAUUCUCACCACCACUGACCAGCGUCUCCAGUCACCCAUGUAUUUCUUCCUAAAGAAUUUGUCCUUGAUUGAUAUCUGCUACAUCUCUGUCACUGUGCCCAAAUCCAUCAUAAACUCUCUGACCAAAAGCCAUUUCAUCUCUUUCCUGGGAUGCGCCUCACAAAUUUUUCUUUUCAUUUUUUUGGCUGGCACAGAGUAUGCCCUCCUUAUAGUGAUGUCCUAUGACCGCUAUGUUGCCAUCUGCCAACCUCUGUACUAUGAGACAACCAUGAAUAGAGGCACCUGUCUGCAGAUGGUGAUAGCAUCGUGGGCUAGUGGGUGUGCCUAUGGAUCCAUUCAUGUUGCAGGCACAUUCUCUGUACCUUUCUGUGGGCCUUACAUAGUACAUCAGUUCUUCUGUGAUAUUCCUUCAGUGCUCACCCUUGCUUGUUCAGGAGAACAAAUUCUAGAAUAUGCGUUUGUCAUUGCUAGCUGUGCUUUUGCUUUUGUAUGCUUUCUUUUCCUGAUUGCCUCUUAUGUUUAUAUUUUUUCAGCUGUCCUGAGGAUUCCAUCUGCACAAGGCAGGUUCAAAACUUUUUCUACCUGUGUACCCCAUCUCACUGUAGUAAUAUUGUUUCUCUUUUCAGGUAUUGCCAAUUAUUUAGGGACUAAUUCUAAGUCUGCAUCGUCACUGAGUCUCUUCAUGUCUGUAUUAUACUCUGUAUUACCUCCCAGCCUGAACCCUCUCAUCUAUAGUCUGAGGAACAAGGAUAUGAAGGCAGCCCUAGGCAAAAUACUGGGUGGUAAAUUGCUACUAAAUAUAUAA